CACAAUUCUGGGUCCGGAAGAGGUCUCGCCCGGCAGCUGAAGAUGAGAAAAAUGAGGCCCACAGGACAAGAGUGACUUGCUCUGCCAUUAUAAUGCUGAUUUGUGUCAGAGCAGGUGUCCACCCAAGGUUCUUUGGUUACCUCCCCAGGAGAAGCAUGAACCAGAAGCUACUGAAGUUGGAACACUUGCUGCGACUCCACACUAUCUGUAGGCAGCUGCGCAGCUUGAGUCAGGGAGGACUGCGCUCGCGGUGGAAGCCCGGCUUUUCACCGGCUUCUCCAGUGUGGGCCGAGCAGCUGUGUGCCCGGCCCUGGCAGACGGACAUGCUCGCUGGUGUCGCCUUGCAACAGCACAGGCUUUUUGUGACAAAGAAGGAAAAAAAGCCAUCAAGAUCUCAGCUGUCUCCAAUGAAGUCUAAAAGGGACGUGGAAGUAUGGGUCGGAAUGACUGUGAAGGAACUGGCCAAAGCCAUGGCAAAAGACGUAGAUUAUAUAUAUGAAGCUUUAUUGAACACUGCCAUUGACAUAGAUUCAUUAGAAGCAAACUCACAUUUAGAUGAAGUCUGGAUCAAAGAAGUUAUAAAGAAGGCAGGAAUGAAGCUGAAAUGGAGCAAAUUAAAACAGGAGAAAGUAAGACAAAACAAAGAUGCUGUAAGAAGGCCCCAGGCAGACCCAGCUUUAUUAACACCAAGGUCCCCAGUUGUUACUAUAAUGGGUCAUGUUGAUCAUGGGAAAACGACGUUACUCGACAAACUUCGAAAGACUCAAGUGGCAGCAAUGGAAGUUGGAGGCAUCACUCAGCAUAUUGGUGCCUUUCUUGUCUCUCUGCCUUCUGGAGAAAAGAUAACCUUUCUUGACACUCCCGGACAUGCUGCCUUUUCAGCAAUGAGAGCCAGAGGCGCUCAGGUGACUGACAUUGUGGUGUUGGUCGUAGCUGCGGAUGAUGGAGUAAUGAAGCAAACUGUAGAGUCUAUUCAGCAUGCCAAAGAAGCACAAGUUCCUAUUAUCCUCGCGAUAAAUAAAUGCGACAAAACAGCUGCUGAUCCCGAAAAAGUGAAGAAAGAGCUCCUGGCUUACGAUGUGGUGUGUGAAGAUUAUGGUGGCGAUGUUCAAGCCGUGCAUGUGUCCGCACUUCAGGGAGACAAUCUGAUGGCUUUGGCAGAAGCAACGAUUGCUCUCGCGGAGAUGCUGGAACUAAAAGCAGAUUUCACGGGUCCAGUGGAAGGAACAGUGAUAGAGUCUUUCACCGACAAAGGAAGAGGUCCUGUUACAACAGCUAUAAUUCAAAGAGGAACUCUGAGAAAGGGCUCAAUUCUAGUUGCUGGGAAGAGUUGGGCGAAAGUUCGACUAAUGUUUGAUGAGAAUGGUCAAACACUUAAUGAGGCCUAUCCCAGCAUGCCAGUGGGAAUCAUAGGCUGGAGAGACCUCCCUUCUGCAGGAGAUGAAAUUCUUGAAGUAGAAUCUGAGUCAAGGGCCCGGGAAGUUGUUGACUGGAGGAAGACUGAGCAGAAAGAGGAAAAAGACAAAGAUGACCUGAAAAUAAUGGAAGAAAUGCGAAAGGAACACCAAGAAGAGCACCGGAAAGCCCGUGCAAAGUAUGGCAGCCUGCACUGGAAGAAGAGGUCGUAUAUGAAGUACCUUGAAAGAAAAGAACAGAGACCCUUAAAGCCCAAGGAAAAAGCAGAAAAGGACUCAAAUGUACUUCCUUUAAUUAUUAAAGGUGAUGUUGAUGGGUCUGUGGAGACCAUCUUGAACCUUCUUGAUACGUAUGAUGCUUCCCAUGAAUGUGAACUAGAAUUGGUACAUUUUGGAUUGGGUGACAUUAGUGAAAACGAUGUCAACUUUGCUGAGACAUUUGAUGGUGUUAUUUAUGGCUUCAACGUGGAUGCAGGCAAAGCUAUCCAGCAGUCAGCUGCACAGAAAGGAGUUAAGAUUAAACUUCACAGAAUCAUCUACCAUCUUAUUGAAGAUCUGCAGGAGGAACUAAGCAACAGGUUGCCUCACAGGCUGGAGGAAUACCCGAUAGGGGAGGCUUGCAUACUAGCUACAUUUGCUGUAACAGAAGGGAAGAGAAAAGUUCCUGUGGCUGGCUGCAGAGUUCAAAAGGGUCAGUUAGAAAAACAGAAGAAAUUUAAGUUAAUCCGAAAUGGACAAGUUAUUUGGAAGGGCUCAUUAACCUCAUUGAAACAUCAUAAAGAUGACGUUUCAGUCAUCAAAACUGGAAUGGACUGUGGUCUUACUUUAGAUGAAGAAAAAGUAGAAUUCAAAGUGGGAGAUCAAAUUGUUUGUUAUGAGGAAAGUGAAGUGCCAGCUAAGACGUCUUGGGAUCCAGGAUUUUAAGUACAAUAAAAAUGAUA